GCUGCUACUACGCAGUGCGGGAUACGCGGAGGAGAUGUCGGUAGGGAGGACCCAGUAACAUUAUUGACGUUCUUCCAAGGUGUACGAUAGAUAUAUUUCUCACCAGAGCAGCACUGGAUAAUAGAGCAAAGAAUGGGAAGGAGCGUCCGUGGGUUUUCUUAUACUGAAAGCCUGGCUGUCUCCACCGAACACCGACUUUUGCUUUUCAGCGGUAUAUUUAGCAGGCAGUAGCUUCGGGAAAGCAAGCAAGCAAGCAAGCUAGCUUCGCAGCAAGUCUAGCUAGCUAGCAAACCUGCCGUCUUAUUGUGGCCCACAUCAAACCUGCCAGCUAGCAUCCGUCGCAUGCACAGAAAGAGAAAAUGGUUUACUUGUUAAAUCCUAUAGAGAACCUGAGAGGCUACAUUAACAACCGUCCACCACUGGUCAUUUUCAUGGUCAGUGUCAGUGCAGUGGCCAUCGCCUUCCUGACCAUCGGUUAUUUCUUCAAGAUUAAGGAGAUCAAGUCUCCGGAGCUGACAGAGGACUGGAACACCUUUCUUCUGCGCUUCAAUGAACUGGACUUUUGUGUGUCAGAGAAUGAAACGAUAAAGCACGGCCUGAACGAGUCGACUACACCAGAAAGCAUGGUGGUGACCAGCGGUCAGGCCCGGUCCAGCACUCAGGCUCCUCUCCUGCUGGAGGACUCGGGUCCCAUCAAUAUCUCAGUGCCCAUCACACUCACACUGGACCCCCAGCGCCCAUUUGGGGGAUACUCUCGCAAUAUCACCCACCUCUAUGCCACGGUGCUCGGCCAGCAAGUCGGCUUAACUGGCCGGGAAGCCCAUGAAGAAAUAAACAUCACUUUUACCCUGCCCGUAUCCUGGAACUCUGACGACUGUGUGCUGCACGGCCACUGCGAGCAGGUGGUGUUCAGCACUUGUAUGACCAUCACAGCAGCCAGCAAUAUCUUCCCAGUCACAGUGCAGCCACCACACUGCGUUCCAGAGACCUACACCAAUGCCACAUCUUGGUACAAGGUGUUUACCACAGUCCGUGACUCGGAUACCAAGUACAGUCAGGACUACAACCCCUUCUGGUGUUACAAAGGAGCAAUCGGCAAGGUGUACCAUGCCCUCAACCCAAAGCUGACCGUCAUUGUCCCUGAUGACGACCGUUCUCUCAUCAACCUGCACUUGAUGCACACUAGCUACUUCCUGUUUGUCAUGGUCAUCACGAUGUUCUGCUACGCAGUCAUCAAGGGGCGGCCUGGCAAAGUACGGCAAACCAACCCCGAUUUCUGCCCUGAGAAGGUACAACAGACAGCAGCAGUGCUUUAUGACGUGGACAGGUGGCAUUGUCAGAGGGUUAAAAAGACAUCACAAAGCUAUAUCAGAACUUUAACAUGUAACGUGGACAAACUCAAAGAAACAGAAGAAAUGGAUUAAACAUACCAGUUGCCUAGUGAACCCUGGAAAUACAACGAGGGACGCAAAAGCUCUGUGAAUGCAUUACUCUUGCAAUGUUGGGUUUCUCCAACCAAAGAUAUACAAGUGCCUGUAUCUGUGGUGUAAAUAUUUGUAGGAACUCUGAUAUUCAGUGCAAACCUUUUUUCUUUUCUUUUUCUUUUUUUUUUUUCUGACUAUUCUGCCUGCGUCCCCUCGUGCCAUGUCCGAACAUGCAGUACAUAAAAACAGAAGGUGUGAUCCACAUAAUUCCUAACCAUUUUUGUAGCCGUUCAUUCAUUAGCUGCCCUUAUUUCUCAAGCAUAAGAAGCGUAAAGUCUUUUCACUCCACAAUGAACCGGCUUCCUUAAAGAUUUAGCAGCUUUUAUCACAUAUGAGUGUGUUUUUGCUGUAAAUGUUAGGAUUUCUUUUUUUUUUUUCUUUUUUUAAUCUCCCGUGGGGACAAAGCACGAUGUUGAGUCACGUGUUUAAGUUGCUUGAAUACUCUGAUUGGGAUGUUUGCUUGAGGAUGAGAUGCUUGAAGCCGUGAUUAAAUCUUGUCAUUGCAGCCUCAACAGGAUAUAAAAUAAAAAAUAAAUCCAGCACUUAUUUAAGACCUAAAAAAAGAAUUAAUGAGGAAUUGGACAUUGUAUACAAUCAAUUAAAAACAUGUUUUGUGCAAUAAUUUAACUGUACUAGAGCUAGGGAUGGGAAUUGAUAGGAUUUUAUUGAUACAAAUGCUGUUAAUUAUUUUGAUUAUUGGUUUUGUUCACCAUUGAUUCCUGCUCAGUUUUCCGCUCUUUAAACAAAAUAGGAAAAACACAUGGUUUUCCUGCAAAGUAAGUAACUUCAUAAUUACUAGUGUUUCUGCUGUUGCUUGAAAUUAUUGUUUAACACAUGUUAAAUCUUGGACUGUUGUCAUCUUUCAUCUCAAAAUGAAGCUACUACAACUCAUUUGGAUCAUUUUUGUAUUUUUCUCAGCAAAAAUCUCUUCAAAAUCUAGACUUGUAAUGUGUUUUGUCGCAUAUCAUUCAGCCCCUCAAAACAAAAAAAUGACGAGUGAUGUGACUUUUUGCAAUACACAAACAAUGCUUAUGCCAGCGUUGUUAAACGGAAACAAUAAGCUUGGAGGCAUAUGAUUACGAUGUGGAUCAGAUGAUUUUAUUCCCACCCCUAAUGAGGUCUGAAUAUUUCCUUUGUGUCUGCAAUGUCAAUGAGCAUGGACUUGUGUAUUUGGGUGAUUGCACUGUGCACAUUAAUGCAGAAUACAAGGAAAAUGAACAGUAGGGCCCCUCUGGCUCAUCAAUAUGGUUUGAAGGUGGAGCCAAUGAUUCUAAUCCUAGUGGUUUUUCUAAACCAGUGGGAAUCUCCUGGACUGUUUGCUCUGUGUUUGCAAAAAAAAAAAAAGAAAUUCUACACAGCCAUGGCUUGAUAAAUGGAGCUCCUAUAACUGUGCCCCAUAGGAAUUAAAAUAUGGCGAGAAACAAAUGAUUUUAUGAUCCCGCUUGAAUUGUGCCACCAUUUACACAUAUGUUUGUCAGUUUAAAAGAUAACUUUACAAGGCAGUUAGUUGCAAAGAUAGUAGAGAACCAUCUGGUUUUGUGUUGAAGUGCUCAUUGGACUACAUCUUUUGGCACACACUAAAAUGGUUGUCACCGUGGUACAUUUGACCUCAGUGUUCGAGACUGAGGUAGAACAUAUGAAGAGGUGAAAAUCACCACAGUCUGGUCAUGUUGAAGCUGCACAAACACCUCCAGCAACUGCGAACAGGUGGUGGUGGAGAGAGACGGGUACAAUGCCGCCACCUCCACGACUUUCACCUGUGUUGUCUUUAUAUUUGUUUUUUCACAUCAACAGUUUCACCACAAACUGCAACUUUUUUUUUUUUUAAUUCAAAUUUUUAUUCAGAACAGUCACAAGAUACCACACAGGACAUCAAUGGCACAAAGCACACUUCUCUUUUUUUUCUUUUUUGCAAAGAAAAAAGGAUACCAAUAAUGCUCACUGAAAGGAAGAGAGAAAAAAAAGUAAUAUAAAUAAAGUAAAUAAGUGAGUAAGAAAAUGAAUAAUAACAAGCCUGUACACAUAGCCAAUCACACCUCUAGGAAAUAAGGCAAAGAAAACUGCACAAAUACGCAUAUAUGUAUACAAACAAAGUAGUAUUCAUAAUAACAGUACAAAGAAAUUAAAAAAAAAGGAUCCUAACUGCACAUUUAUAUUUAGUAUUUGGAUAUUCAAGUAUAAAAGGUAACUAUGAACAUAAGAGUAGCACAUAAAAAGAAAAAAAAAAACUUGAGGGAAGAGUGUUAGUACCAUUUUCUGUGUUCAGUCAAAGUCAGGUUUGCUAAAGAUAUAUAUUCAAUUCAAGUUGCCCAACAAUUUUUACAUUUCACUUGUUCAAGACGUAAAGAAAAUGUGAGUUUCUCCAUCAUAAAAAUCUCUUGGAUCACGGCAAUCUAAUUUUCAAGUGUAGGAGCUUCAGUAGACAUCCAUCUCCUGGUGAGCGCUUUCGUACUUGCUAACAAUAGGACAUUAAAUAUAUAUUUGUGGGAAAACUGCGACUUUUUGAACUCAUAAAAUAGUCUUUGAAAGUAAACCAAUAUCUCGUGCAAAUGAUGGGAUAAAUCGAAAGGAUCAGAAAAUAACUUGUCUCUUGCCAUUGACUGUGAUGCAUGUAAUAUACAAUUUAGCCAACAGAGGAUGUGAAGGAGCGCUGAACACUAGGGGUGUGUUUAGGUCGAGUCAUGCUGUGGAAUUUCUUACUCCACUUUUAAGGGCAGUUCAAUGAGCUGCUCAUCUUCCUGUGGUUUCUGUCAAACCGUUCUUUAACAGAUCUGUCUCACUUUGGUAUCAUUUUCUGCCUUUUCUCCCUUUUUCGUGGCUUUCUCAGUCACCUGCCUUUGUGUCUUUAAUUUUGCAGCCUGUCCUCGUCCACUUUUUAACUUCUGUGAUGUUCAGUACAUUUUCCACUACACCUGGAUGAAGCAGAACAUUCUCUUGCCUUACCUACGGUGGACUCACCUGCUUGAAAAAUAAGCUGAGAGAUCUUUUUUCUCUUGUCAUCUUUUAACUCAUCGGCCCCUUGUUUUUCUUCUGCUGAAGCCAUUUUCCUUUCUCGUUCAGUUACUUCUCUCUCGUCUGACAAGCCUGUGGUUUGAACUCGAAAUUUGUGAUGUUUGUUCCGUUAACGUACACGUCUAUCGGCCCUUUGAGUUUAGUUUUGGAAUUACUUCAGCAAAUCCAUAUCAAGUGUUUGAGUUUGUGCACCUUUAGAUUUCUUGCACAUUUUGUAUUAUUUGCUUCUGUGAAUUUUACUCGUCCACGAUCCUCUGUAAACAUUAUGAUGUUGUUUAGUUAUCUCCCUAAAAUUCAAUAUAAUUAUAUAUUACUUUAUAAUUAUAUGUAUAUAAUUAUAUUAAUAUGUUGUAUUUAUGACUAAAUCAUUUAUUUUUUAUUAUUUUGUAGUACAACAAAAUGUGCAAAAACUCACUUAAUGUGCACGUGUGUGUGUGUGUGAGUUUGGGUAAAGUUUGGAUGAAUAAAGGCAGCUUUAGACUCUGAUUUUCUUCCCAUAUUGAACAGAUUUUCUCGUUUUGCGUAAUGUUUUUUUCUCGUUACACCAGCCUGAAUUGAUUAGAACUGGGCACAGCAUUUACAUGAGCUCACCUCCCCCGACUUCCUCCUGCAAAAUUUGCACUUUUCCACUCGAAUCGUAGUGACUCGUGUCGUUCUGAAUCUAUUUCUCAUCGUAGCUUUAACCAAUUCUUUUGUGUUCGUUCAGUGGUUUAAUUUGAGAGCUGACUUUGACAAUCAUGUAUUCUAAAUGUGUACGUGACCCGCCCCAACGCAACCAAUGUAAGAUUUGCAAUAAUAAAAAGACUAAAUACUGAUGUUAAUGUCCAAACCCUGAGUCACCAACCACCGUUUGCUGCACUGACCCAAAAGUAAAAUCUAUUUAAGAAGUAUGAGCUCAUGAAAAACUUCAAACAUUUAGUGUCCUAAGUCUGAAAAAAAAGAAAAUGUGGAGCAUGAAAACAGUCUAAGUCUGCUUUUAAUCUGUGUGAUUAUUUUUCAAUAGCAAUUACUGAUACAUUGUACUUACCUCUGUUAUAAAUUUGUUCCAUAAUUGAUGUACCUGUUGAAUGUAUUUUUUUAUAAAGCAGCAUAAUCUAAAUCUGAGAUGCAACAUUCAGAAUUCCAAGUGAUUUUAGACUCUGUAGAUUGAUUUUUUUUUUUUUCCGUUUGAAAGGCUUUACUUGAAUCAUGUUUGUGUUCGAGUGGUAUUCAUAUAAAGUUUAUUUUCUUGUGGCAAAAAAAUGAAUCCUUUGCCACAUCAUUGUAUCAGACACAUUUGUAUAUGUUUUGUUUGUGAACGAGAGAAACGUGUUGGGUUUUGAUCCUAAUGGAUGUGAUACCUUGUUUUUGUUUUUGGUUUUUUUUUUUCCACAUUUUGAUUGAUAAUAGGGCAAGUCUUCCUAAUUCUGAUGUGUAUCAUAUUUGAGCAUGUAUUUGUUGCUUUUUUUUUUGUCUUGUUCUGUCUCCCAUGCGCUCAUGGUUGGAUGCUUUUUUGGAAGAUUUGGCAGCUCUAACUGGAUGCUUUGGUAGAUUUAGGUUAUGGGAUGUAUGGGAUCAAAAAAAAAAGUCAGUAAAUUUAAGAAUUGGCACUUAAAGAUAGCUGUAUUUCCAUGGAAUUGGCCAGCAGUUGAAGCAAAAUUUCAACUAGAACUUAAUUCCUACUAAUAGUGCAUUUUGUUUUGCUUGUGAAAUUUAUGAUUUUUUUUUCCAUCAGUUAAGAUGGAUUUGAUCUACUUGUAAAUGUUGCUGUGUUUUUGCGUUUUAUUGAAAUAACCAGAUCACUUUUUCAGCUGUUCACUACAUCAGAAUUUACUUGCAAAAGUAAAUUUACUUAAAAAAAAAAAAAAAAAAAAAAAAAAAAGACAGCCUCAAUGUGUGUCAAAACUUUUAAAUGCUAUACUUAAAAAUGUGCUUAAAACCCUUAAAGGAAACAGCUAAUGGUUUUGUAUUUGCAGAAAAAUGGAAGUUAAAAAUUCAGAAAUACGUUCAAAUAUGUUCAUUUACAUGCAAGUUUAACCUUUAAAGACCCAGAACUACUUUUGUGGCGACUUCCAAAUGAAUGUGUUUCUUGCAUUUAACCUUUUCUUAGUAAUUUUUUAUUUAUUAUAGUAUUAUCUUCAGCAUUUUGCUUUUUUCAGGUAUUUUCCCAGAUUUAAUUGACUGGUCAUGUAGAUGCUCAUAAAACCUCAGAGUAAAUUCAAAGCUUAUUUUAUCAGAACAGCGAAAACUGAAGAAGUAGUGACCUUCUCAGCAAAAUACAUCAUUAAUUGAACAGAAAAACAAGUAUCUACAACCACAGGUAUUUAUCAAACUACAUGUGUUUUAUUGGUGAAUCAUUGCUGCAGGAAAUUAGGUUGUUUCUACAUUCACUGCAGAGCCUCUAAACAUCCAAAAAACAGACACGUUAUGCAACUAAACUGCUUUUUACCUUAAUUAUUUCAAUGUAUUGAUAGGAUUAGUGGUUGAAAAAUUCAGCAGUGGUUUAGGUCUUAGGUCUUGUCCAGUUUUUCUGCAUUUACAAACCUCUGCAAAUCUAGAUUCUUUCUCCACACCACUUUCCAAAUUGUCUAAAAGGAAUAUUGACCCUUCUUUGAUCCCAUAGGGGUUUGGGGUGUAGUUGAAUAAAGGGAACCUGAAGAUGUGAAUGAAGCAUGUCCUGUUUUUGCCAAACUGACAUUAACGAUGCCAGUGUCCUGCAUUUAUUUACCUGCUACUUCUGCCUCCUUGUGUGAUUUUGGUUAAAUCUGCACCUCUGAUUGCAAAAUGCCUUAACAUUGUCCUGAUUUUCUUUUCUUUUGAAGGAGUUUCACAUAUUGUGACUGCACCGGCUUUACAGAAACAAAUCCAGACACAAUAGUUAUCACUUCGGAGCUACACUGAGCUGGCGUUCCCAUGCUUUGUCAGGUGUGCAUUUAGGGGUUUUAAAGGAGCUGAUGUUAGCUGUUGUAGUUUUCACACUACUCUAAUAUAUCGGUAAAGUCAGAGCAGCCGAGUUCUUCUGAGUUGCUGCAACUUCCAGCGGCUUUACAUGAAAGCUAAACACUCGAGUCUCCAAUGUUAUCUUUUCUGUCAUGUUAGCAGCGCUUACAGGCAAGUAUUAAGCCAACUCUGUGCCUUCUGCACUGGCGAGCUGCAUCCUUCCUCCCUGUACAUACAGUAGAUAGAACUGUAGGUUUAAUGUGGCUAGGAUGUCAUUAAAACCCUUCUCCUUUCCAGUGGAACUGCUGUAAAUUAAUUCAAGUUGAAAUAAACUGUCUCUAAAGUU